GGGGACUCAGUGUCCAUAGACUUUAUGGACACCCAAGUCAAGAGUAGACAUGGCAAGAGCCAAGUCAUGGUGAUAGUUGAUAGGUUUAGUAAAUACGCAGUUUUCGUUCCCUUGCCUUCAGAKGCUCGUACAGACUURGUAGUACARAAGUUCUUUGACUGCUGGAUUAGUGAAAAUGGGAUCCCGCUGUCAAUAGUUAGCGAUAGAGACAGCCGCUUCACCAGCCAGAACUGGCAAGAACUCAUGAGAGUAUAUGGGUCUAAGUUGUUGAUGUCGUCUGGCCGCCAUCCCGAGACCAAYGGUCAGACAGAACAAAUGAACAAGAUCCUACAGCAAGUUCUGYGCAUGUACAUUAGACCAGAUCAGAUCAAUUGGGAUGAGAUGCUUCCCAAGGUAGCCAAUGCUUACAACAAUAGUGUGCACCUGUCUACGUGCCGCACUCCCAACGAACUGCACAAGUCCUUUAGACCGCGCAGACCGUUUGAGGGAUUUAACCGGGAUCAGAUUCAUAGGCUACCACCCGGUACUCGGGAGUUUGCUAUACAGCACGAGAAAGAGUUAGCCACUGUUGUAGAAAACCUCAGGAAGGCCCAGCACAGAAUGAUAGAGCAAGCCAACAAGCAUCGUCGCCCUUCACAGUUCCAAGUAGGCGACUUAGUCUGGGUCAGUGCUAAAGAGUUUGCUCCUGAGGAUAACAUCUCGCAGAAGUUACUGCCUACGCAUAGAGGACCAUGGCCAGUUCUAGAAGUCAAAGGUGGUGAGGAUGGUCCGUCCUACACCAUUGAGCUUCCACUACACCUCCACACCUACCCAGUUUUCCAUGCGUCAAAGUUGUUGCCGUUCACGGUAAGUGAUCAAUUUCCGUCUAGGCGAUCCAUGAUUCCACCUGACAUGGACGGGAGGUACGACAUUGACGACAUUGUGGGUGAAGAUGUGUUUAGGACGGGAGGGACCGGAGCUGGCGGGGCAAGUAGCUCGAUCAUCUGCUUCAAUUGCAACCAGGCUGGCCACAUGGCGAGAGACUGCCCAGUGGGGAAGGGGCAAGGCACCUUCACCAACAAUGCGAAGUAUUGGCAGUCAAGAAAGGAGAAUGAAGAUAGCAUAAACCGAGUGGUGAGAUGGGCAGAUUACAAGAUGCAGAAGGAAAUGGAGAAAGAGGAGAACAAAAAGGCGGACGAGGAGAGAAGAAGGGUAGAAGCGGAGCGCAGAAAGCAGCAAAUGGAGGAAGAGAGGCGGGAUGAGAAGAUUCGAAGGAUGAUGUUGGAGGAGUGCGACCGAAGAGAUAGGAAAAUUGAGGAGGCGGAGCUGAGAACGAUUGCUGCAGUAUCAAGGGACCUACGGAACUUCCGAGCGGAGAUAAGAACAGAAAUCCAGAUGGCGUUAGCUGUAAACUCCAAGACUCCGAAACGGGAUAGAGAGGCGUUCGCGAACGGACUCGAUACUUACCUUACGGAGGAAGAAGUCCUGACGGAUGAUGGAUCGAAAAUACCACCGAAGAAAGCAAGAGGGAAGCGAAUAGCAAAGAAUUACGCAGCACCGGAUGACUGGGAGGAAGAAUCACGAGUUAUGUCAAGGGCGGACUACGAGAAGAGCCUGAGGCGGAAGGCCAGCACGCCGAUGAAGAACAGCUCGAAGGCUUACAUUGGCAAGUCCAUUAGAGGUGCCGCGGAAAGAUGGUGGGAGCAUGUUAGAUGUACGGAAUCAGGCACGGAAGGUAGGGCACCGCUGCUGUAUAGAUGGCUGAGGAGGUUUAGCUGGAACAAUUAUGUUGUUAUUCCCAUCGCCACUUCAGAAGUUAGUGGGUUGGAAAGCCUGGAAAGGACGCUCAUCAAAAGAUUCUCUCCGUCGCUUAACACCUUAGGGACGGGGAUGAAAGGUAAUCCCAAGAAGAAACCAGGAAGGAGGGAAAGGAGGGCAAAGGGUGGCAAGGAUAGGGUAGAUACGGAGGUAAAGCGGACUCGCGUUAUUGUUUUCCGGACGGGUAGUUACUCACUAGGUAACACUAGCCUACGGAUGAUUCUGGAAUCAGCCUAUAAGGAGGGGAAGAAGCAGAUCCGGAUUAGCAGCGCUUGUGGUCAGUUAGGCGAGAAGCUGUCGGACCUCCGAACUGAAGAUUGCCUCUCGGCAGAGCGGGAUCGACGCUGCGACGCUGACGAAGGGAUAGUCUACGCAGUCAGAAAGAAGUUCAGGGAUCUGCUAAUCACACAAGUGGACAGGAACGCGGGAGACCUCGUGCUGAUGUGUCCAUCGACAUACCAGCACGGUCUGGAUAAACUAUUCUCCUUGAACGUAGCAUAUGAUGAAGUCAGCAGCAGCGAAGCAGUGAUCCUGAAGGAAAUGAAGGUCGACUUUGAGAGCCGGGGACUACACAAGCUGGUAAACUGGAACCCGAAGGGGAAGAUUGGUAACACGUACGUUCUGCCCAAGCACAAGGAUCUAGAGAGAUGGCGGCCCAUUGCGCCCACGUGCAGCGAACCCACGACGACUGGCAGCCGCUGGGUUGCGAGAGCGCUCAACUAUCUACUCGAGAAGCUACCUGGAGCGGUGCAUUUUAACCUCACCGCUACCGCCAGACUCAAGCAAAACCUGAAGAAGGCAGAGACGAAGCUCCAGCAGUACGGCAAGGACACAAUGACUAUCAGUGGAGGUUUCGACAUUAAGGAGAUGUUUACAUCCCUGCCGCACUCAGCGAUCAUGGAAGCGCUCACCUGGCUUCUGGGUGAAUGGGAGAAGAAAGGUUACCAGAGGAUCACGGUGUGCAAGAGGAGGAAGCAAGUCACUCUCGGCAGGAAGACGUAUGGGAAAGGCUACGUCAAGCUGUCCUUCAGCUACAUCCGGAGCUUCAUUUCAUUCGAGCUGCAGCAUACCUACACCAAGUGCAGAGGAAAACUGCUAAGGCAGGUUAUCGGAGUGCCAAUGGGAAAGAACUCUAGCCCCCCACUGGCCUGCAUACUAUGUGCGAAGUACGAGGAAGGUUUCCUGAGAUCGCUGGGAAGCGAUCGGAAGCUUGUCCAUGGGGUAAGGUUCAUGGACGAUGUGAUGUUGGCAGUUGUGUGUAACCGAAGAAAGGGAAGCUCCAUCGGCGAGGCGCGAGAGAUCUUAAGGAAGUUCGAAAGUUGUUAUGGGGAUAAGCUUUCGUUGGUCCUUACGGACGACGGAUCUAAUACCAUAGACUUCGUGGGGUCCAGGCUUACGACUGUGCCUGGGAAGACCCUAUUCUUGGAUAUUGCAACCAAUCAAUUUGUAGGGGAAAUACCUACGACACUCUCGAACUUAGGAAACCUCAACAAUGCGAGGUUUAUGAAUAACUUCUUCAAUGGAACACCUCCGUCUUUGCCAGUUGUUGCUACAAGUUCGGGAUGGGCGCAAGGCAACUGUCUUCUGCAAACAGCUGGAGGGCCGGGUCAGAGGGAUGCGGCAGCUUGCAAUACUCAUUAUCAAAGUCUUGUUGAUGGUUUUGAACCCAUUUAUCAUCGGGCCUAGUCCGUGACCUGAGUCAGCGCCGCCGUCUUCACCCGAAUAGAAUGCCCUGUCCUAAUCGCUGCAUCUGGACUGAAACUUGACUCAGAUACAGCUAUAAUGACCGGGUGUUCUAUUCGGGUGACGACAGUAAUACCGGGAUACGAAGUUCGCGACUGGCCUGACGGUGCUAUUUUGGGCUGUUUUGGACAAGUGUGGUGUCAAGUGUUGAGGGUUAAAGCGAGCAGUAAGGGCGAUAUUCACUUUAUAGGUCGGCAGGAAUAGAUUUUGUUUGUAGGGGUUAGUGUGAACAACUGGACUCCUUCGUUUUGAGUCUCUUUGCCUUGGUUGUAAUGAUUACUGUGGGCCGCACUAUUGCUUCGGAACAAAUGUAGCUGUGCAGG